AUGGGUGAACACUAAAGAAACAGUACCGCGUGAUGGACCUGUCUGUCAGACGAUCAGUCACCAGUGACAUUGUGUCAGCGUGUCGGCCGUCACCAAGUCACUCCCUUGGUCUGCUUUUGCCUUGAGUGCCUUUCAUUCCUGUCAAGCCACCUAACAUUCACCGCUCACACAUUCAUCCUGCGUCUGAACCCUGACUUUCGCUGUUCUUGGUGCAGGGACACACAAUAGACAACACGCUUCCAUUCACACCGUGCCUUGCUAUGCCGGCUCGGGUUUCUCGCCACAGGGCCGCCAGUUUUGAGUUUGACCUGUCCACACUGACUGGACUGAAUCCAACCAGAUAGCUUAGCCUGUCUACUGCCAGCACCCUCCAGAUACACAGCUUGCUAACAAGACAAGCAGUAUAUGUGAAGUCUUGUGGUGGAAGUAUUGGAGAGAGGGAGGAAAGGUUUGCAGUUUGUACGUUUUAUCCUAAGGAGAGGAAUUAGGGCAAGUGGAUGGAAUGGCAGGAGUGGAGGAGAGUGCUGUGGAAGAAGCAGCCAUUCCCAGACAACUAUGUGGGGGAUUCCUUCCUCAGGGUUAGCAAGAAACGAAAGGAAUUAUCCUUGUGUGAGGCGUGUCAUGGGGCGUUGGCUGUCACUCAUGAAAUAUGCAGCUGUUUGGGUCUGGUGGUGAUUUUCUUUGGAAUAUCAGAAGGUCAUCUUAACUCUGCUUGUGUCCUGACCUUGACAGCAGCAAUGGGAGUUGGGGGCUACAUCAUCACCAGGACCAAGCUUAUUACGUCAGUACGAGAUGACUUGAAGGUAGCGUGCUUCUACAUGGUACUGAUUGCCUGUGCCUCACCUAUCAUCAAGAGUCUGACAGGGAGUGUUGCCACAGACUCCAUCAAUGCCUCCACCACCUUCCUCCUGCUCCUCCGUCUGGCUGUGCACGACUAUGGGACAGAAGUGGCAAUAGUGAACCCAACAGUGUCUCACAACGUGGGUCUCUUUGCCUCGGUGUGUCUGGCAUCCAGGCUGGAGAGUGACCUGGAUGUCUUCACACUGAUGACUGUAGCAGUGACUCUCUUCACACUCUUCCCCAGCUUCAGGAGGUACUUUCAGAACCAGUUGGGCUACAGGUGGUCCAUUGUGGUGACAAUGGUGGUGGCAGUAGUUACAGUGUUAGGAAUACUGGUGUAUGCUCCCCAUCUCCUGCUGCUCUUCCUCAUAGCUCUGUUUGUCUGCAAUCUCCUUGUUCCAAUGUUGUAUGUCUCCCUCCAGGGAUAUAAACAAAAUAUAUAUGGACCAUGGGAUGAAGCACAGAUUGAAGGCAGAUAGGAAAUCUUAAAUAUAUCAUAAGGUAUAUAUAUAUUUUUUUUUUGAGAUGCAGAAUAAUGAAUGAAUACAAUACAACUUAUUAUACAAA